AUGCCAACAACAUUCGCCUCGCUCCCCUCCAUCCAAACAUCCUUUCCCUCCUCGCUUCCCCAGGGACCGAGCACGAUAUCACCCCUCGGAGCCCGACCACAUCUCAGCAUGAGAAAGACGAGUACGACAUUGCGCGAUCCAAAUGACUGCGCGCCCGACGACUUAGACCCCGACGAGAAUGCCGAACUAUACGUCAAUUUACUGGUGUUCGAGGAAGCGAUGAGGAGAGGCUACGUCGAUCUACAACGGCGGAAGCGGAAAUAUAUGGUCUUCUUCGCUGGCCUCCUCCUCUGGAAUGCGUAUUUCUUAUAUGGAACGAUGAUCAACCCCUCACCCUACUACUACAUCUCCCUCUUCCACACCCUCUCCCUACUCCUCGGGCUCGUGACACUCUCCCUCUAUUUCUUCGGAGGGUAUUACCACUCUACCAUCGCUGAACCACGGAAGUUCCUCCCGUACGCGAAUCGGACGUUGAGGGGGAUGAAUCUGCGGUUGGUUGUUGUGCCGAGGGGCGUGUGGUGGACGGUGCGCGACUGGUUACCAUGCCUAUUCCCGCCAUUUCCAUGGCGGAGGAAGAAGAAGGGGGAGGAAAGACCUCCCAUACCACCGGAGAGGCGGGAGAUUAGGUUAGUCGUGGGGGGCAGGGUGGACGCUGACAUACGGGAGGGCUGGGAUACGUACCAACUCGAAUACUGGGAAAAGCGUGCAGAAGAAGGCAUACCUGAGAGUGAUGACGAGGAUGAUGAGACGGACCUGUUAGGUAAGGGGAAGAGGAAGGAUGGGACUGUGAGGGGGCAAUCGAGAAGGAGGAAGGAUGGGAGUGUGAGGAAGAAGAAGGCUGGAUAG